CUCAGCAAUCGGGCGCGGGUUGACCACUUCACCCGUUCCCUCCGUUCCCUCCCCACGUCUCCACCUCCUUAUGCAACAUCAUGAACGCCACAACAUCUGCAGUCAAGAGAAGGGCCUGUGUGGCUUGCACGAAUGCCAAGGCAAAAUGCACUCCACACGGUGUCAACCUAUGCCAGCGAUGCGCUCGUUUAGGCAAGUCAUGCACGUACCUUGAUCUUCCCCAGACGAAGCGUAAGCACAAACAAAAGACCGACUCGAGCCGUGUGGAGGUCUUAGAGAAAAAGGUCGACCAGCUGAUGUCGCAGCUGGCUGCCUUGGCCCAACAGAACGGACAAACAUCACCUGAUACUUCUUAUCCUCCCACCACCACCAACUCGGGCUUAUCUCGCACCCCCGAACCAGAACCGACAGACAUUGCCGCGAUGCUAGACGCAGCCAAAGAUCCGUCCCAUGGAAUCAACCCACCAACCAGUUCUGGCCUAGAAGGCCAUCCGUCCAUCGUAGAUCGGGGUCUUUUGAGCGAAGCCGAGGCCGAACGUUUACUUACGACCUUCCAGCUUCAUUUCCUGCCCAAGUUCCCGUUCGUAUUGCUUGCGCACGGCGAGACAGCCGCUCGCCUUAAGGACCGAGAACCAUUUCUCUUUUUGUGCAUCGUGGCUGCGACCAUGGAGAGUUCGCAUCCUCUGCGCAGAACUGUCAGCGAGGAGAUUAUGAAGCACGUUACAUUGAGAGUCGUGGAACGGUCUGAGAGGAAUCUCGAGCUGCUUCGGGGUCUGUUGGUUUACAGUGCAUGGUACUCAUAUCCCGCCGAGAGAUGUCAUCCGCGACUUUUGCUGCUGAUUCAGUUUUGUGUUUCCAUUAUGUAUGAUUUGGGGCUUCAUAGGAAGACUGGUCUUGGUUCUGAUGAGCAGCGGGCGCUGCUCGGUGCUUAUUGGUUGUCGGUUGGGCUCAAUGGCACACUUGGCCGCCCGAAUGUCAUGAAGCAUGAUGGUCGGAUUAAUGAGUGUGUUGCUAGUCUGGCAUCUACUCAGUAUCUGUCAGAUCGGUGGAUUGCGCCAUUCAUUUACCUGCAGUUGUUCUUGGCAACCAUUGAUGAAGCUUAUGCUUCGAUACAAGCAAGCGGUGGAAGAGUGCUGGUUCAGGUGACGCGUGGCUCUCUACAGCGGGAAUUUGAUGGCGUGAAGGCACGUGUAGAAAAAGAUCUCACAAACUGCCCUUUAUCCAUUGACAUUAACCAACCAAUAGCAAAUGCACUAUGGACCGAAAUCAAAUAUGCAGAAAUACGACUCGAGGAACUCUCUCUCCGGGAAGAUCUCUGGAUCACAGAGCCAUCUAGCCCCGUCCGAACCACCAUGCUAAUGGGCAUAAUCCAACGCAGCAAGGAACUCAUCCACAUGGUCCGAAGUCUACCCGCAUCAGAGAUCGCCCAAAUAACAAUAAUGACAAGCGCUCGGAUCUGUGCCGCAGUAGGCUACAUGCCCACUGCAACAUUAGCCCUUCUCAAUCUCGUCCCUAACCUCACCGAUUCUAUCAUAGAGUCCCAGAUCCCCGCCAUCGACACAACAGAAUACCCCAGACUUGUCAUAGACCUCGCCACCGCGCUAGAAACAAGAGUCGAAGGCAUGUCAGCUGCAGACAAAGAGAUGGAUAUCGUGGGCAGUCUGUGUUCUAAAAUGCGGCUGCUGGCACGUUGCUAUCCCUAUCAGAUUAGGGCGACUAUGCCGUCCCACGACGCAAGACAGGAUACCACCAUGAUGGCGGUUGACGCUAAUGAGGUUACUAUGGCACCAUCGAUGUAUGGCGAUUUGGGCGAUAUGUUUCCGGUUGAUGAUAUUCAGUGGGAUGCUUUGUUGAGUAAUUUUACGGUGUUCAAUUGA